AUGAGGCGUUCGGCGAAUCAGGAGUCUCCCGCGUGCAAUUCCCGCUGCAGCCGCCGCCGUCCGUCGGGUCUGAAUGGCCGAAACAUAUCGUGCAGAAGCACCAGCCCAGAUGGGCGGUCGUGCUGGCGUCUAAUCUCAGUACGCUUGUUCUGCUCAUGA